AUGAUCAGAAACCUUUUAAAGUCUAAACUAAACCGAAAUGAACAGAUAAUAAAGCAGCUGGAGGUGGAGAUUGUUAACAUUAAGAGGAGAGUUACUAAGCUGGAGGAGCUUUCACACACAAAGGAUCCCACCCAAUUCCUCCAGAGAUUCCAGUCCCUCCCUGUCUCCACUGAAAUGGAGGACUCACCCAGCAUCACUGCUGUUCACCAUCUCUCAUUUGAUCAGAUGAGGAAAUCUCUUACAGAUCUGAAAAAUGGCCUUGAGAAAUUUUGCAAGAAAGAAUUCACCAAAAUUAUUCCACAUGAUUUCUGUUACCUGACUCUGGAUCCUGACACAACACACCGGAAUCUAACUUUGUCUGAGGACAACAGAGUUGUGACACAUAGCUGGAGUGAGCAACCAUACACAGACCAUCCAGAAAGAUUUGAUUACUACUGGCAGGUUUUGAGUAAGGAACCUGUGAGUGGACGCUGUUACUGGGAGGUGGAGUGGAACAGUCUUUACGCUGUGUCUUUAGCAGUCUCAUAUAAAGCCGUCAGCAGAAAAGGACAUGGACGGGAGUGUGAGUUUGGACGAAACACUUGGUCCUGGUGUCUCGAGUGUUCUGCUUCCUGUUUAUCUUUCUGGCAUAACAACAUUAGAACUAAACUUCAGCACUUUUCACCCCCCAGAAUAGGAGUGUAUGUGGAUCACAGUGCAGGAACAUUGUCCUUCUACAGCGUCUCUGAUACAAUGACGCUUCUCCACAGCGUCCAAACCCAAUUUACUCAGCCGCUGUACGCUGGGUUUGGAGUUUACUGGGGGAUGGGAACAUUGUUGAGCUUUCUGAGCAAUGUUGGAUCAACUAUAGGAUGGUCAGUAAUAUGCUCAAUUUAUAUAUAUGUAUAUAUUUAUAUUUGUGCAAUAAAGCAAGUUUUCCAAUUAUUAAGGAUCAUGCAACACCCAGGCAUGUCACGCCGCCUGUUUUUACGCCUCCGGAGGGUGACCUUGCCCCGGUCGACAGGUUCACAUUUUGUAUUUACUUAAACCAGGUGGUGAUUAGGACUGUUUCAUAUGUCAGUUGCUUUUACGAGUCUUCAUUCGUUGUGUUAAUUGUUUUCAGUCCAUGUAUAUAGUGCAUGACCU